AUGGAGACCGCAAGGCAAGUGCUCUGUCUCUGUGUUUUCGUCUCCCUGCCGCACGCUCGCGCCGAGCCCAUCCGCUACUCCGUAGCCGAGGAGAGCGAGAGCGGCUCCGUGGUAGCCAACGUGGCGGAGGACGCGGGGCUGGCCCCGGCGCAGCUCUCGGCUCGCCGCGCCCGCCUGCUCUCGGAGGACGGCCGGCAGCACUUUCGCUUAGACCCGGGCAGCGGCCGCCUCGUCGUGGCCGAGAGGCUGGACCGCGAGGAGCUGUGUGGGCAGUCCGCUACCUGCACGCUGCCCUUCGAGCUCCUGCUGGCAAACCCCGUGCAGUUCUUUCGGGUGGAGGUGGCCGUGGAGGACAUCAAUGACCACGCGCCCGUUUUCCCGGCGGAGCGGGUCACUCUUAAGAUACUGGAAAGGAGCGACCCUGGCUCUCGUUUUCCUCUGCAGGGGGCUCGCGACCUGGAUGUUGGCAGCAACAGCGUCCAAGGUUAUAGAAUCUCUCCCGAAAAUGAGUACUUUAGUGUUGACUUUGGUAGUCAGUCUCAGGACGCUAAAUAUAUUGAACUGGUCUUGGAAAAGCUACUCGACAGGGAGGAGCAGGCAGAGGUGGAUUUCAAUCUCAUUGCUGUUGAUGGGGGCUCUCCACCCAGGAGUGGGACCACCCAAAUCCACGUUAUCAUUCUAGAUGUAAAUGACAACGCUCCCACAUUCACACAGAAGGUUUUCAUUGCACAGGUUUUGGAAAAUGCCCCAGAGGGUUCUGUUGUUUUCAGAGUAGCAGCAACAGAUCGUGAUACGGGAGUUAAUGGGGACAUCUCCUACCAGUUCAGCCAAGCAGGAGACCAGAGCUACUCAGCUUUCGUGAUUGACCCCAUGAGUGGUGAAAUUAAACUCACAAAGCCUCUGGACUUUGAGGCAGCAAAGAAACAUGAGCUCAGUGUUCAAGCAACAGAUGGUGGGGGCCUCUCAGCAAUCUGCAGAGUGUUGGUGGAGGUGGUGGAUGUGAAUGACAAUGCACCAGAGGUGAUAAUCAGUUCCUUCAGCAGCCCCCUCCCUGAGGACACAUUGCCUGGGACAGUCGUUGCCCUGUUUACUGUCAGGGACCGAGAUGCUGGUGCCAAUGGGAAGAUCUCCUGUGCCCUUGAGGACCAGCUGUCAUUCUCCUUGCGGCCAGCCUAUAAGAAUUACUUUGAGCUGGUGACUGUGAGUGCACUGGACAGGGAGGAGAUGGCACAGUACAUCCUGACAGUCACAGCAGCAGAUGCGGGAUCACCUCCUCUCACAACCACCCAGACCUUCACAGUGGACAUCUCUGAUGUGAAUGACAAUGCACCUGUGUUCAGCCAGACAUCAUACACCAUGUAUGUACGUGAGAACAAUGUUCCCACAGUGCUUGUUGGGACCGUCAUUGCUGCAGAUGCUGAUGUGGGGCUCAAUGGCAAGGUGACCUACUCCCUGGUCCCAGCCCACCUUACAGAGCAGCCUUCCUGCUCCUGCAUCUCUGUGAACUCUGAGAAUGGAGACGUGUUUGUGCUGCGGCCCCUGGACUAUGAGCAGGUGAAGCAGAUCGAGGUCUUGGUGCGUGCUUCUGAUGCAGGGUCACCUCCUCUUAGUGCUAGUGUUGCUGUCUACAUUUCUGUGGUUGAUGAGAACGACAAUGCCCCACUGGUGCUGUACCCCUCGCAGGACAGCAGCCCUGCAUCCAGUGAGCUGGUGCCCAUUUCAGCUGAGGCAGGCUACCUCAUCACUAAAGUGGUGGCCGUUGAUGCUGACUCAGGGCAGAACUCAUGGCUCUCGUACCACCUGCUGAAGGCCUCUGAUCCUGGGCUCUUUGCGGUGGGUGCCCAAAGUGGGGAGGUGCGACUGAGGAGAUCAGUGACAGAGAGAGACGCUGUGAAGCAGAAGCUCAUCAUACUGGUGCGAGACAAUGGGCAGCCACCACUGUCAGCCACUGUGGCACUGAGUGCCCUCCUGCUCAGUGACUUCUCGGACGUGCGCCUACCACACAGCAGCCUGUCCACAGAAGAGAAUGAAGGUGCCUCCUUGACAAUCUAUUUAAUAAUUUCCUUGGUCUUCGUCUCACUCCUCUUCCUGGUGUCCACAGCAGCCUUCGUCGUUCGCAAGGUGUGCAAGAGAAAGCAGAUGAAGGAUGGGCAUGUGCUUUAUGGUGCCAGCAACUUACAGAGCAGCCUGGCUGAUGCAGCUGCUGCAGGGACCCUGCCCCACGCCUAUUGCUACGAGAUCAACCUCACAACGGGCUCUGGCAACAGUGAGUUCAAGUUCCUGAAGCCCAUCCUCCCCAGCCUGCCACCACAGCUUCAUGCCACAGGUGGGGGUAUCAACAAUGAGCAAGAUUUUCCCCGUGGCACUCUCACUGUGGAGGAUGUGGCACCAGACAGCCAUGGGGUGCGUUCUGCAGAACAGUUCAAUAGGACACAGCGGCCGCGCUCUGGACCGCCAGCCGACCUUGGACAGAGAAAAGGAAUUCGAUCACCGCACCAUCGCUCUGCUGCCGGUCGCCACUUACUGUGGAGGACUGCGCGGGCCAUCCCCGACACGGAGGCUGUCCGCCGCCCCGCCAUGGAGACCGCAAGGCAAGUGCUCUGUCUCUGUGCUUUCCUCUCCCUGCCGCACGCUCGCGCCGAGCCCAUCCGCUACUCCGUAGCCGAGGAGAGCGAGAGCGGCUCCGUGGUAGCCAACGUGGCGGAGGACGCGGGGCUGGCCCCGGCGCAGCUCUCGGCUCGCCGCGCCCGCCUGCUCUCGGAGGACGGCCGGCAGCACUUUCGCUUAGACCCGGGCAGCGGCCGCCUCGUCGUGGCCGAGAGGCUGGACCGCGAGGAGCUGUGCGGGCAGUCCGCUACCUGCACGCUGCCCUUCGAGCUCCUGCUGGCAAACCCCGUGCAGUUCUUUCGGGUGGAGGUGGCCGUGGAGGACAUCAAUGACCACGCGCCCGUUUUCCCGGAGGAGCGGGUCACCAUUAAAAGCCCAGAAAUGAGCAACCCUGGCUCUCGUUUUCCUCUGCAGGGGGCUCGGGACCUGGAUGUUGGCAGCAACGGCAUCCAGGCUUAUAGAAUCUCUCCGGAAAACGAGUACUUUAGUGUUGACUUUGGUAGUCAGUCUCAGGACGCUAAAUAUAUUGAACUGGUCUUGGAAAAGCCACUCGACAGGGAGGAGCAGGCAGAGGUGGAUUUCAGUCUCAUUGCCGUGGAUGGGGGCUCUCCACCCAGGAGUGGGACCACCCAAGUCCACGUUGUCGUUCUAGAUGUAAAUGACAACGCUCCCACAUUCACACGGAAAGUUUUCAUUGCACAGGUUUUGGAAAAUGCCCCAGAGGGUUCUGUUGUUGUCAGAGUAGCAGCAACAGAUCGUGAUAUGGGAGUUAAUGGGGACAUCUCCUACCAGUUCAGCCAAGCAGGAGACCAGAGCUACUCAGCUUUUGUGAUUGACCCCAUGAGUGGUGAAAUUAAACUCACAAAGCCUCUGGACUUUGAGGCAGCAAAGAAACAUGAGCUCAGUGUUCAAGCAACAGAUGGUGGGGGCCUCUCAGCAAUCUGCAGAGUGUUGGUGGAAGUGGUGGAUGUGAAUGACAAUGCACCAGAGGUGAUAAUCAGUUCCUUCAGCAGCCCCAUCCCUGAGGACUCAUUGCCUGGGACAGUCGUUGCCCUGUUUACUGUCAGGGACCGAGAUGCUGGUGCCAAUGGGAAGAUCUCCUGUGCCCUUGAGGACCAGCUGUCAUUCUCCCUGCGGCCAGCGUAUAAGAAUUACUUUGAGCUGGUGACUGUGAGUGCACUGGACAGGGAGGAGAUGGCACGGUACAUCCUGACAGUCACAGCAGCAGACGCGGGAUCACCUCCUCUCACAACCACCCAGACCUUCACAGUGGACAUCUCUGAUGUGAAUGACAAUGCACCUGUGUUCAGCCAGACAUCAUACACCAUGUAUGUACGUGAGAACAACGUUCCCACAGUGCUUGUUGGGACCGUCAUUGCUGGAGAUGCUGAUGUGGGGCUCAAUGGCAAGGUGACCUACUCCCUGGUCCCAGCCCACCCUACAGAGCAGCCUCCCUGCUCCUGCAUCUCUGUGAACUCUGAGAAUGGAGAUGUGUUUGUGCUGCGGCCCCUGGACUACGAGCAGGUGAAGCAGAUCGAGGUCUUGGUGCGUGCCUCUGAUGCAGGGUCACCUCCUCUUAGUGCUAGUGUUGCUGUCUACAUUUCUGUGGUGGAUGAGAAUGACAAUGCCCCACUGGUGCUGUACCCCUCACAGGACAGCAGCCCUGCAUCCAGUGAGCUGGUGCCCAUUUCAGCUGAGGCAGGCUACCUCAUCACUAAAGUGGUGGCCGUUGAUGCUGACUCAGGGCAGAACUCAUGGCUCUCGUACCACCUGCUGAAGGCCUCUGAUCCUGGGCUGUUUGUGGUGGGUGCCCAAAGUGGGGAGGUGCGACUGAGGAGAUCAGUGACAGAGAGAGACGCUGUGAAGCAGAAACUCGUAGUGCUAGUGCGAGACAAUGGGCAGCCACCACUGUCAGCCACUGUGGCACUGAGUGCACUCCUGCUCAGUGACUUCUCGGACGUGCGCCUACCACACAGCAGCCUGACCACAGAAGAGAAUGAAGGUGCCUCCUUGACAGUCUAUUUAAUAGUUUCCUUGGUCUUUGUCUCACUCCUCUUCCUGGUGUCCACAGCAGCCUUCGUUGUUCGCAAGGUAUGCAAGAGAAAGGAGCUAAAGAAUGGGCAUGUGCUUUAUGGUACCAGCAACUUACAGAGCAGCCUGGCUGACGCAGCUGCUGCAGGGACCCUGCCUCAUGCCUAUUGCUAUGAGAUCAACCUCACAACGGGCUCUGGCAACAGUGAGUUCAAGUUCCUGAAGCCCAUCCUCCCCAGCCUGCCACCACAGCUUCAUGCCACAGGUGGGGGUACCAACAGUGAGCAAGAUUUCCCCUGUGGCACUCUCACUGUGGAGGAUGUGGCACCAGACAACCAUGGGAUGCGUUCUGCAGAACAGUUCAAUAGUCUAUCCUUUAACUAGCAUGGUGUUGGCACA